AUGGAGCUGGCGCAAGCGCCCGCAGACCUGGCCCAGCUGCAGGCGGAGGUGGGGCGCCUGGCGGCCGAGCUGCAGGAGGCAACGCAGGAGAAGGUCCAGGCGGCCCAGUACGGGCUGGCGGUGCUGGAGGAGAACGGGGAGCUCAAGCAGCGCUGCGGGGAGCUGGAGGGGCAGUUGGACAGCAGCCACAAGCGGGCAGCGGUGGCCGGGGAGAACCGGGAGGAGAGCCUGGUGCGCGAGGCUGCGGCCAAGGAGGCCCAGCUGGCAGCCCGCCUCGAGGAACAGCAGGGGGAGCUCAGGCAGCUGCGGUGCCAGCUGAGCAACGCGGGUGCCGAGAGCGAGCGGCUGAGCGCCGCCCUGCAGGACCUGCGCCAGGAGUGCCAGGCUCUGGACGCAGAGAAGGCCCAGCUGCGGGAGGAGCUGAAGCAGCACAAGAGCCGGGAGCUGCGGCAGCUGCAGGACUGCGCCGAGCUGGAGGAGGAGAACAUCUCCCUGCAGAAGCAGGUGUCCGUGCUUAAGGGCAACCAGGUACCUCGCCCCCAGCCCCUCAUGCUGCGGGGACCUGUGAGCUGCCUCUCGGGGUGGCGGGAAGAUCUCCUGGGGUCCCUGUGCUGGAGGGGCUGAUUGUGCCUCACUUGGGACAAGGAGUGGCCCACGGGACAAGAGGGCGAGGAAACCGCUUGUGUGGCCAGUGCUGACUCUUGCUCCCCCUCCUCAACCCUCUGAGGGUGUCUGGGGGGAGAACCCAG